AUGGAUAGUUUUUUUAUAAAACCAGGAACAGCUCAUACACUUUCAUCAAACAGAGCAGGUGCUAAAAAUGUAGUUGAUACAAGAAUAAAUUCUAGACCAUCAUCAAAUCGUGGUGGUAGAGGUGGAGGUAUGUCAUCAUCUCGUGGUGGUGGUGGUAGAGGUGGUAGAGGUGGAUUCAUGUCAUCAUCUCGUGGUGGUGGUAGAGGUGGAUCUAUGUCAUCAUCUCGUGGUGGUGGUAGAGGCGGAGCUAUGUCAUCAUCCCGUGGUGGUGGUAAAUUCAGAGAAAGAGAAUCAGCAACAAAUGACACAACAAAUAAAUAUAGAGAUAGUAAAAAUAAUUAUAAAAGAAAAUUAUCAACAGAAAAAGAUGAUUAUUAUGAUUCAGAUGAUAAUCAAGAUGAUGAAGAUAAUGAAAAACCAUCUGAUGAAGAAUCAGAUGAUAAUAAUAAUAAUAUUAAAAAUAAUUUCAAAAAUAAUAUAGCAGUUAAAAAGAAUAUAAAUAAAUAUAAAAAUAUAGAUUCUGAUGAUCAAUCAGACGAUGAUGAUGAUGAUGAUAAUAAUAAUGGAGAAAUUGAAGAAUUUCAUUCAGGUGAUGAGGAUAGAUUUAAUAGUGAAAAUGAUUCAGAAGAAGAUAAAUCAUCAAUUAAAAAGAGAUUAAAAUUAUCAGUUGUUCAAGAAGAUGAAACUACUGAUGAAAGACGUCUUAGAUUAGCAAAUGAAUAUUUAGAGAAAAUUAGAAAAACUAAACAAGAUUUAGAUUUAAAUGAUGCAGUUAAAGAUGAUUUAGAUAAAUCUUCUGGAAGAUAUCAAUAUUCAUAUCGUCAACAAGUUUCAAAUAUUAAAUUCAUUGAAAACUCUUCAAAUAUAACAAUACUCAAAGGUCAUUCUUCACCAAUUACUUGUAUAGUUUUAUCUGAUGAUCAAUCAAUUGCAUAUUCAGCAUCACGUGAUAUAAUUAUAAAAUGGGAUUUAAUAAAUAAAAUUAAAUUAAAUAAAAUUAAAGGAUUUAUACCAUCAAAAAAGAAUAGAAUUGAAUUAGAAAGUUUAGGUAAAGAUGGUAAAGAAGAAUUAAAGAAAAAGAGUUAUCAAGGUAAAAUUUUAUCAAUGGCAUUAAGUUUUGAUGGUAAAUAUUUGGUUACUGGUGGUGAAGAGAAAUUAAUUAAAGUUUGGGAUACAGAGAGUAUGCAAGUGGUUGAAACAUUUAAAGGACAUAAAGAUGUUAUAUCGGCAUUAACAUUUAGAAAAGGUACUUAUACACUUUAUAGUGGUUCAAAUGAUCGUACCAUAAAGAUUUGGGAUUUAUCACAAAUGGCAUUCGUCGACACUCGUUAUGGCCAUCAAUCACCAAUCACAGCAAUGGAUUCAUUAUCACGUGAACGUUGUAUCUCUGUUUCAACUGAUAAAACCGUUAGAGUUUGGAAAAUCCCUGAAGAGUCACAAUUGAUCUUUAGAGGUCAUACUCAUUCUGUAGAUUGUUGUGUUUUAGUGGCUGAAGAUAAAUUUUUAACUGGUUCACAAGAAGGUUCUAUUGCUUUGUGGAAUGUAAAUAAAAAGAAUGCAACUUUCAUAAAGAAUAAUGCUCAUCCUGUUAAUAGUGGUGGUAAUAGUGGGACUGAUUCUUUUUCAUGGAUUUCAAGUGUUUCAGCCAUUCCAAACUCUGAUAUGGCAGCUUCUGGAAGUUGUGAUGGUUCCAUUCGUCUUUGGUCAAUUAUGGGUGGUGAUAAACUCAAAGAAAUUAAUCAAAUCCCUGCUAUUGGUUUCGUUAAUGAUUUAAAAUUCGCUCAUGAUUGUUCUUUCUUAUUAGCUGCCGUCUCUAAAGAACAUAAAUUUGGAAGAUGGAAGAAAAUUGGUUCCGCUAAAAAUUCACUUUUAUUAAUUAAUUUAAAAGAACAAGUUAAUCCAAAUGAUUUAUUACAACAAGAAGAACAAGUUGAAAUUGAACUUAAUAAUAAUAUAGAAAAUCAAGAUGAAGAUGAAGAAGAUGAAGAAGAAGAAGAAGAAGAAAAUUAA